GCUCCAAAUGAUAAGGCAGGCAAGGUCGUGUUCAUUGGGAACAUCCCGUAUGGCGGAACCGAAGAACUGAUCGUCGACACCCUCACCCGCGUGGGCCAAGUUGUCAACUUCAGACUCGUUUACGACAAAGACACCGGCCGACCAAAAGGCUUUGGAUUCGCCGAAUUCGCAGACGCAGACGCCGCCGCAUCCGCUGUCAGAAAUCUCAACGACUACGACGUCAUGGGCAGGAAGCUGAGGGUGGACUGGUCCAACGACAACGGAGCUGGCGAUGCUGCGCCGGCAGGAUACACUCCAGCGCCUUUACCUACAAACGGCCAGGAGCCAGUGCAGCCUCCGCAGACGAGUUCUCUACCCCCUCUACCACCAGGCACCGACCUGCAGCCAGGCCUCAGUGCCCCCGACGCCAUCUCGCGAACCCUCUCGACGCUGCCACCGGCGCAGCUCCUCGACAUACUCUCACAAAUGAAGGGCCUGGUGAUGUCGGACCCGGCAAAGGCGACAGAGCUUCUGAGGCAGGCGCCGCAACUUUCCUAUGCCAUCUUCCAGUCUCUGCUUCUCCUCAACCUCGUCGACACCAGUGUUCUCACGACCAUCAUCGAUCCUACCCAAGCUGUGGCGCCC